AAACAUCCCAGCAGCCUCCACACACUCCUCCUGUCCUCCAUCACGGCCCCACGACGGAGGGGAGCUGCACCAACACUGAAGGUGACUAUUCUAUAAAGCAUGGUUUGGUAUAAUCAACUUUGAAUGUGACGCGCUUUGAUUCCACUUGCAUGUUUUGCGCAGACGACAUGGAUUCCAUCCCCGCGGGCCGAGACUCCAGCUCCUCUCCGGCGUCCAAGCAAGAACUUUCCUACCCGACCUCCAACAACCUGAAGCCCAACCAGGUGGGCGAGACGGUGCUGUACGGAAUACCCAUCGUCUCCCUGGUGAUCGACGGCCAGGAGCGGCUGUGCCUGGCGCAGAUCUCCAACACCUUGCUGAAGAACUACAGCUACAACGAGAUCCACAACCGCCGCGUGGCGCUGGGCAUCACCUGCGUGCAGUGCACCCCCGUGCAGCUGGAGAUCCUCCGCCGGGCGGGCGCCAUGCCCAUCUCCUCCCGGCGGUGCGGCAUGAUCACCAAACGCGAGGCCGAGAGACUCUGCAAGUCGUUCCUGGGCGCGCACUCGCCUCCGAAAUUACCGGAGAAUUUCGCCUUCGACGUCACCCAUGAGUGCGCGUGGGGGAGCCGCGGCAGCUUCAUCCCGGCCCGCUACAACAGCUCCCGAGCCAAGUGCAUCAAAUGCGCCUACUGCAACAUGUACUUCUCCCCCAAUAAGUUCAUAUUCCACUCCCACCGCACCCCCGAGUCCAAAUACACGCAGCCGGACGCGGCGAACUUCAACUCGUGGAGGCGACACCUGAAGCUGUCCGACAAGAGCAGCCAGACUGACGUUUUACACGCGUGGGAGGACGUCAAGGCCAUGUUUAACGGCGGCAGCCGCAAGAGGACGAUGCCGGGCGGGGGGUCGGGGUCCUGCUCCCCGCUGAAGUCCCACCACGGUCCGAGUCUGCACCGGGAGUCCCCGGAGGUACCGGCGAAGAUCCUCGGCUCUGAGGAGAACCGGGUCAGCAGCAUGAGCAUGGGCCCGCGCAGCUACCCGGUCAUCCCGGUACCGAGUAAGGGCUUCGGUAUGCUCCAGAAGAUCCCGCCGCCGCUCUUCCCGCACCCGUACGGCUUCCCGGCCUUCGGCCUGUGCCCGAAGAAGGACGACAGCAUCCUGGGCGAGCAGAGCAAGGCCGGCCUCCUGUGGCCCGGCACCAAGGACAGCGCCUACCCGUCUUUCCCCGUCUUCUGGCCCGCCGCUGCCGCCGCCGGGUCCUUACCGAUGCCUCCGUACAAACCCCCACCCGAGCUCUUGCCCCUCCACAGACACGCGGACGUGGACAUUUCCGACCGCAGCACCGACACGUCCAAAGACAGCAUGGUGGAGAGCGAGCGCUGCUCCAGCACGCAGUCCGCCCGGAACGAGGACGACAAGUCCGGGGACGAAGGCGGCGCGUUGCCGCCCCACGUCGCGCGGAAGCUCAGCUACGUGUCCGCCUUCCGGCCCGUGGUGAAAGACGCGGACUGCAUCGCUAAACUAUACGGUAACCGAGGCCCGUUUACGCGCUACUUAUCGCCGGACUUUUUAAGCGAGAGCUCCAGCUACAGAUCAAUGUCCCCGUGCGUGGACAGCGACGGUGACGCGGACGUGGACGUGGAGAGCAACAAAACGCCGGAGGACGAGGACAACUGCAGGCCGCGGUCCUUGCUGUGUCCCCGGUCUCCUCCCUCCAUCGAGUCCGACGGCAAGACGACUUUUCACGAGUCCCACAAACUCACGCAGGGCCCACGCGUGGAGCCCCCGUCACGUGACCGAGAAGUGCAGAGCAAACAGUUAGCGGAGAGCCACGUCGCCGCCGCACCUUUUAUCCACGAGGGAAGCGAGCUGCAACAAAGGAGCAGUCCGUACCAUUUUAGAGCUGCAAGCUACCAGCCUUUGGGGAUUAUUACCACUCAUGAUGAUGUUGCGAGUAAAGAGGAGCCGUCCUCCACCGUGGAGGAGGUGGAAAGCAAGUCUUUUAGUGAACAAAGCAGCAGCGAAGAAAACCAACGGGAGCCGAACGACGACGAUGAAGACGCGACAAGACCUCUGCAAGCAAAACGAAAUAUUCAGACUCUCGCAAAAGAGGAGCUACAGAAGCAACUCUUAGAGCAGGUUGAGCUGAGGAAAAAGCUGGAACGUGAAUUUCAACAUUUAAAAGAUAACUUUCAGGAUCAGAUGAAAAGAGAACUCUCCUACAGGGAGGAGAUGGUCCAGCAGUUGCACAUCGUUAGAGAAGCUCACGACGCGUUGCACCAUUUCUCCUGCAAGAUGUUAACCCCACGUCACUGCACGGGGUCGUGCACCUUCAAGUCCCCUCUGCUUCCACCGUGAACUCUCUCUUUACUGUGGGGGGGGAAAAAACAAAAAACUUUUCCACCACAACGUGCGAGAAACAGACUCAUCGCUCCUCGUGUAAUUUGUUGUAUUUAUUAUUAGAAUGAGAGACAAGCGGUAGGAAAACGGAUGGAUGGAUGUAUUGCAAUAUUCAGCAUUUCGUUCGAGACCAUUUAUAUUUAUUAUUUGUGGCAACGUGCAAUUGCAAUGUAUUGUAACAGUUAUUCGCGGUUAUUUAUUUCACUCUGUGAUUUUACCUUCAUUUGGAACGUCAUGCACUUUAAAUUCGUAAAAACACACAAAUAAGUAUUUGAUGUAAUUGUUUGUUGCAGACAUUGUGUUUUUGGAGGACAUGGUCAGCUUUUUUUUUUUUUAGCACAAAUUUUAUUACAAUUGUUAAUGUGAUAUUUGGUUGCAU